AUGAAUAUGGUACAAGGUGGCCCUCCAGUCCAGGACAUGGGGGCGUACCUCAAGGAAAUAAGCAACUCGCCGAAAAGUGUCACAUUGUUCUUCGACAUGAUUACAUCGAAGAUUAAGCGUGAAAUUCAGCCUCCGAUACCUCCUUCAAGAGCAGAGAUCUUUGCUACCUUUAAGAAGGACGAGGAAAUGUUAUCAAAAGAACAAGUUGCUAAACUUGUAAAUCUCACAAGCAGUUGGGACACUGACGAUGAGAGCCUUGAGGAUCUUAAGACUUUGGCGCAAACCUGGCUCUCUACGCCUGCCACCUUUUUCGACACAGACAAGCCUUCUCUCGCUGGGAAUGAUGGACUGAUAGAAUUUUGCUUUGACAAUGCUAACCAUGUUAAAGAUACGGGUAGCACGCGUCGAAAGAUCGAUAAUAUUCUCUUAGACAAUGCCCUCAAGCACAAAGAGGAAUAUUUGCGUGAGAAAUAUGUGAAUGGUGAGAGCGGUGGCCAAAGGAGGUAUAAAACUAAUCGUUCUAAAGCAAUUGAUGAGUUUACCUAUCGUUACUUUGGUGACCUUUCGGAGAAAGAUAGGAAGACUAAAUACCAGAAAAUGAAGACACAGCGCAUUUCUGGGUCUAAAUGGGACCAGAUUAAGCCUCGUUGGAUGAUUCUUGCGUUGAAAGAUGCAAAGACAACCUGUUUUGAAACGAAAAAGUUGGAACCUAUUGAAGUUUCGGCCCUCAACUCAUAUAUUCCACAUUUAAAAGCGCACAAAUACGGGAGUAUCCUUAAACCAGCGUACUCUAGAAUUCUUUCGGAAUACAAGCGCCGCUCCCAGCAUGAAGAUGGAGGAGAGAGUCAUGAGGGAGAUUACGGCCUUGAAUGGAUUGAUAGCUUGCUGGAUUCGGACGACAUGCCAAGCAACCCUUUAAGCGGAGUCGAAGGUGUACUCUCCCCUCUUUCUGGGGUUGAAGAUAGCAAUUUGAGUGCAGGACUCUUAACGCCGUGCACUAGCCCGCAAGGGGAUUCUUACGCAGAGUCUGUUGAGUCAACGCCAGCCAACAGCCCGCUAUUGACACGGUAUCCGGACAAUCCGUCGGGAUGGAGGGGCAUAGAGCAGUCUGACCAGAUAGUGGUUGAGUCCCGGCAUUCACCCCAUCUUGUCACAGAUGACGGCUCUAGGCCCAAUCAACUGAACCGGAACAUAAUGGAGAGGGGUUCUGAAAUCGAUUCUAGCAGGUUCCUCAAUCACGAUGCUCGGGAUGCCGAUGCAGCCAAUACCCUCUCUCAACUCCACAGUACCUGUGUGAUAUCCGAAGCCUUGCCUUGCACAGCAAGGGUUUCUAUAGAACCUGUCGUCUCUCCAUAUGAGCAGGGAGUUGGAAUGGGAUUUACGCCCUAUGGCAUACACAAGAAACGACUGUGUCCGGAUAAUGAGCUGCAAGAUUCCUGCAUCCACCCGUCUAGGCGAUCUAGGGAUGGUGCUUUGAAUCUUUUUGACGCAAUUGGUAACUUGCCGACUGCAGUUCGAUCAAUGGGUGAAUCCUAUGCUUUUAAUCCCAGCUAUACAAACUCUACACAAAACACAUCAGCUUCACUAAGCACCAUCGAACCAACAACUGUUCUUAUCCCCAAUGGAACAAAUAAUUUUACCAUAACUUUGGAUGCCCUACAAGGAAGAGCGCACUUGUCUAAUGGCGAGCAAGACGCAAGAAUUCAAGCCGCUCUAAAUGCUGAGCGAAUCGUUGACUAUACAGUUAUGAACCCUAUGCUUUCUUGUCAUGAUCCGUCGUUUGCAGCUACUCCUAGCCCAGUGCCAAUGGUUAUGAAUCAGGUCAUCUAUGGUACAUACGGUCCGCCAUCACCACCAAAUCUCCAGGUAAUGAAUGAGCUUCUCAGGCCGUACGAGCAGCUUAUGACAUUCCCAGACGUGACGUCAUAA